AUGCACUUUUCCACUCUCCUUCUCCCCCUCUACCUUAUGGGAAUGGCCGCAAGCUCCCCCAUCCAAGCCACCGACGGUGACAAUGCAGUUGCUCAAGUCGACAGCGCUGAUGUAGCCCCUGAUCUUAGCACUAUCCCGAACGUUGAACUAAGCUUCAUUCCCACCAAGGACAUCGCGGUUCGCGACCUACCUGAUUCUGCCAUCGGUAGCCCCCCUGUCGAUGAGAAGGCUCCUCAACGCCCUGUACGCCAUUACAGCACCACGUUUAGGGCCGGCCCGGGCGUCGAGAACGCGGUGGAGACGCAUAUGACGAUCCGAGGAAUCGCCGUCAUCGUAACCGCCCAUUUUGCCAACAUCCACAACUUGAUUGUCCUCAUCACUCCUUCCUUCCCCAAUACACCUCUCUCUUUCAUAGCAGGAUUCCAAGACUUCUCUAAGGAGUUCAACUCUCCACUGAUUAACUGGGCUUUUGACAAAUACAGAACCAUGAGUCCGCCCUCUGGUGAGAUUUUCCAGUACGAUGAUUAUUUCAGGUUCUUCUGGGAUGCCUAG